CCGCGGACGCUGUGGCUGCGCUGAAGUGCCCGCUGAAGCCCUGAGGAGAAGGACGCUGGAGCCAAGGGCAUGAGGAACUGGUGUCUGUGUCAGAUUUGCAUCUGCGGACGGCAUCGUUGUCCACAUGGAGCCACAAGGGUUUAUGAACAUUCUGGCAUAUCUUGCCCCACAACGGAGUAUCUGGAAAAAUAUCCAAAAUAUGGCAACGUUCUUCCACCUCAGAGUCUUAAACCCAAGCAAGAAUUUCAAGCGUACCGUGGUAAAGUGGAAGGAGUAACUACAUUUAAGUCAGAUUAUCGUCCCUACGAAAUAGUCAAACCACCUCGCCACAUACCAGAAGAAUAUAAACCCAAACAGGGGAAAAUUGAUCUUGGUACUACCUACCAGCGAGAUUUUAAUCCUUUCAAAGUGCAGCCUGUGCUAAAAGUCCGGCCUGUGGAAAGACAACCAACUAAAAAGGGAAAGCUGGACACUGUCCCAACUUACAAAGAUGAUUAUAGAUCUUGGGAGAUUCAGAAAUGCGAACUGUGUAAACCAGAGCAAUCUUACCAUCCCCCAGACGUGAAAUUUGGAAACUCAACUACAUUUCAGGAUGACUAUGUUCCCCGGGAGAUAAAGCCAAGGCAAAGCUUUAAGCCCUGCUCUGCGGUCAAGUGUUCAGUAGGCCCCUUUGAUGGCAAUACAAGUCAUCGCCGAGAUUACGUACCUCAUCAGCUCGAAGUCAAGUUCGAAAGACCAAAGGAAGUUUAUAAGCCUACUGAUCAGCCUUUUGAGGAUCUCACCACACACCGGAAUGACUUUCAGGGCUUUACUGGAGAAACUGCAAAAAUCUGCAGACCUGCCUACAACAGAGUAACCCAAAACGCUCCGUUCAAUGGGAGCACUGAAUUCCGCGACAGUUUCCAACCAUGGGAAGUCCCACCACCCAAAGUCAAGGAAGUAGCGGAGUAUGUGCCCCCUCAAGGAAGCAUGCAGCUAGACAGCACCAGCCACCUGGACUAUGUUCCCUAUCAGGCCAGCCGUGUUGCUGCCAUCAGGCCGGUUUCUCACAGAAGGAAAAGCAAUUUUCCUUUCCAAGGAAAAAGCACCAUGAAGGAAGAUUUCCAAGCAUGGGAAAGUUGUCGUCAAGGGCUUAUUAAGCAGCAGCAACAGAUUCCCAACCCAUCCGGGAAAUUUGAUGGUUUGACCACUUUCCGAUCUCACUUUGUGCCCCAUGAGUUGAUCCCAGUGGAGAGCUGCAAACCUUUAAAUGCCACUGUGAAGAGCUCGGUUCCACUUGACGAUGUCACCAUGUAUUCCAUACAGUACACACCAAAGAAACAGGAAAUCUGCCCGGCUAGCUAUCCUUCUCCUCCAGGUUAUGUAUUUGAAAGUACAAAUUCCCAAGGACAUAAGUUCUUUCGCAAGAUCAUUCCUGCAGUGAAGGCCUUUUAGGAAUCAAAUAAUUUUUAUAAGAAUGCUAAUGAGAGUUCAGUUUUUAAGUGAAAACCUAAAUUUUAUAGUGAAAAAUAUUUUAAGAGAUAUAUUAUUUUUAGCUUUUUAAACAAGUUGGGACAUAUAGAUCAGAAUUCCCACAUCCAUUUAUGUACUAAUAGUUUAACCAAGAAUGCUCAUUGUCGCUCUUGUGUUUUGUGUUUUGAGCUGGGGCCUCCCUAGUCUUUCCAGGCUAGCCUGGGACUUGCAGGCUCCCUCUGUCAGGCUCCUGAUCCAAGAUCAUUCUUUAGUGAAUGUUUCUGAAGGUUCAGUGAUGCGCAUGCUCACCUCCACAUGCUGGCGUGUAGCUUGUCCUCCGUCUAUUGCCAUUUUUACGUCUUUCUAUAGUUACACAAUGCUACAGCUACUCUCUCUGUCAUGUAUCAAGUACAUUGGGACUGUCUAGAACAAAAUUGGAGAUGAGAUAUGGAUUGAACUUCCAAAAAAAGUCUAGGGUUUACUCAUUCAUUCAUUCAUUCAUUCUUUUUUUCAUUUAACUUCAACCUAUUUACAGAGCCUAGACCAAGUCAUUGGUCUAGUAAUGUCAUUACCAACAUUGGUUGGCAAUGUCAGAGACUUCUGCUCUGCUCCUUGCCUAUUCAACAUAGCUAGAGGCAUUGCUCUUUGUUUUUUUUUCUUUUUUUCCUACAGAAAUAUGUUUAUUGAAAACUUACAUUUAGACAAUUAAUAACUUGAACACGAGCAAGAUAGCUUCAGGAACAUAAACAUAAUAUCUCAGAGUGUUCUAAAUACUACAUCUCCUCUAAUCUGAAGGGAGAUAACCAAGAUUCUAUCUUGCAUAGGGGCUUGGGUGCCAUUAAGCCAAGAAAACUGUUUUUAAACUAAAUUCUUAUUUUACAAAUAACACAACUAGCCCCAGCCCAUGGAUGGUAAAAUCUUCAAACACCUAGCAAGUACUGUGUUUCACAUGUGAGGCAUUGCUCUUUGAAAGGCCCUCUGGACUGGAAAUCAGAGGACCAGAGUUCAAGUACUAAGAUCAUCAGUUUCUAUUUGUGCCACUGUAAGCAAGCUGAUACCUCUCCUCUGUGAUUCAUAUAUAAAGAACAUUAGUUCUGCCUACCUCACAGAAGUUCAUUGGGAGCGUUCGAGUCAUGCAAUACAUUUGAAUGCAUAAGGCACACAUGUGAAGGGGUGAUUAACUAACCCUCAGCUACCUUUUGUACUUACUUUUUCCUUUUCAAAUUAGGAGAGUUAUAGACUUAGUACUCAUUACAGCAAGGAUUGUAAAACAAUCCUUGAGUUUAUGAGUAAUAUGUAUUUGUGAGAGGCAUCCACACACUGUAGAGUCACAAGAACCCUGUAAGUAAUGGCAGAGAAUAGAGAACUUAGAUUAAAUGCUUUGUUGUGAAUGGCUGUAUUUUCAAAGAGAAAACUAUUUGCUAGAGCAGUUUUGGGGAAGCCUUCCAGCUCUGAGAAAAUCUUCAGGAGAAACCUGUGCACCCAGUGGCCACACCAAGAAUCACUAGCACGAGCUGUAAUACCUUGUUCACCACUGAAAGUAUACAGAUAAGUGUAAAGAAGGAAGGGGAAGAGAUGCCACUAAGGGACAUGGAAAUAGCAUACUAUAUUUAUAAAUGUUGAAAGGUUCCAGUGAACUAAGAUCAAGUGAUUACUUUAAUAAAUGAUUGUAUAUGGAAGAACAAUAUUGACUUUAAAAUGAAUUUUAAUGUCUUCAUAGUUGUUUAAGAAUAUAUACUGGGGAUGAAUUCAUAGUAUUUUAUUCAAUAUUUCUAAUUAAUCG